UAGGGUACCAUGUAGCCCAAUGGCUCUGGAAUGGGUGGAGUCCUGAGAAAUGAGGCUUCCUUGACACGCGCCCGGAUUUGGGCAUUUCCGCCACGUGGGAAACUGCGGUGUGUGUACUCGCCUUGAAUCCGUAGUGCAGGAGAGUCUUGGGCGCAAGGUAAUGGGGCCAGCGCCUGCUGGAAAGCAAGUAUGCGGAGCACCUGGGGAGGCACAGAUGAUGGAACCAGCCCUGGAAAGCACAGGCAAGGAGGGAAAGAAGGCAUCUUCAAGGAAGCGAACAAUGUCUAAGUCUCCAGUGGAGGGUGUCCUGCAGCCAGUGAAGCUCAGCCGGGCAGAGCUGUACAAGGAACCUACCAAUGAGGAGCUGAAUCACCUUCGGGAGACUGAAAUCCUGUUCCAUUCCAGCUUGCUUCGUUUACAGGUAGAGGAGCUACUAAAGGAAAUAAGGCUGUCAGAGAAGAAGAAGGAUCGGAUUGAGGCCUUCCUCCGGGAGAUUAACCAGCGAGUCAUGAGGGUUCCCUCAAUCCCUGAGACAGAGCUCACUGAUCAGGCAUGGCUCCCAGCUGGGGUUCAAGUACCCCUCCAUCAAGUACCCUAUACUGUGAAGGGCUGUUUCCGCUUCCUGCCUCCAGCCCAGGUCACUGUUGUGGGAAGCUACCUUUUGGGCACCUGCAUCCAGCCAGACAUCAAUGUGGAUGUGGCAUUGACUAUGCCCAGGGAAAUCCUACAGGACAAGGAUGGGCUGAACCAGCGCUACUUCCGCAAACGUGCCCUCUACCUGGCCCACUUGGCUCACCACCUGGCCCAUGAUCCCCUCUUUGGCAGUGUUCGCUUCUCCUACUCCAAUGGCUGCCACCUGAAACCCUUGCUAUUGCUGAGGCCAAAUGGGAAGGACAAGAGCCUGGUCACUGUACGUCUGCAUCCCUGCCCUCCACCUGACUUUUUCCGCCCAUGCCGCUUACUGCCAACCAAGAACAAUGUGCGCUCUGCAUGGUACCGAGGGCAAAGUCCUCCAGGAGACGGUAGCCUGGAACCCCCUACCCCCCACUACAACACAUGGGUCCUGCAGGAUACAGCUCUAGAAUCCCAUUUGCAGUUCCUGUCAACCAUUCUGAGUUCAGCCCCAGGGCUGAAGGAUGGUGUAGCACUUCUGAAGGUCUGGUUGCGGCAGCGGGAGCUGGAUAAGGGUCUCGGCGGGUUUACUGGGUUCCUUAUUUCCAUGCUGAUUGCCUUCCUUGUGUCCACACGCAAAAUCCACACUACCAUGAGCGGCUACCAGGUCCUGAGGAGUGUCUUGCAGUUUCUGGCCACCACAGAUCUGACAGUCAACGGGAUCAGUUUAUGUCUCAGCUCAGAUCCCUCCUUGCCAGCCCUGGCUGACUUUCACCAGGCCUUCCCUGUUGUCUUCUUGGACUCCUCAGGCCAUCUCAAUCUCUGUGCUGAUGUCACUGCCUCCACUUACCACCAGGUGCAGCAUGAGGCACAGCUAUCUAUGGCGUUGCUGGAUAGCAAAGCUGACGAUGGGUUCCAGCUGCUGUUGAUGACUCCCAAACCCAUGAUCCGGGCUUUUGACCAUGUCUUUCAUCUCCGUCCACUAAGUCGCCUGCAGGCAGCAUGUCACCGACUGAAGCUCUGGGCAGAGCUGCAAGACAAUGGUGGAGAUUAUGUCUCAGCUGCUUUGGGCCCACUGACCACCCUCCUGGAGCAGGGCCUAGGGGCCCGGCUACACCUGCUGGCUCACUCUCGGCCUUCAGUCCCAGAGUGGGACAUCAACCAAGAUCCACCGAAGCACAAGGACUCUGGAACCCUGAGCCUGGCAUUGCUCCUACGGUCUGAGGGACUCACCAGUGUCCUUGAGUUGGGUCCAGAGGCCGACCAGCCCAAGGCUGCUGACUUCCGCCACUUCUGGGGAUCCCGCUCAGAGCUUCGGCGUUUCCAGGAUGGAGCCAUUCGGGAAGCUGUGGUCUGGGAGGCAGCCUCUAUGUUCCAGAAGCGCCUUAUUCCCCACCAGGUGGUCACCCACCUCUUGGCACUACAUGCUGACAUUCCAGAUACUUGUGUCCACUAUGUUGGGGGCCUCCUGGAUGCGCUGAUACAAGGCGUGAAAGAGACCUCCAGCACAGGGGAGGAGGCCUUGGCAGCCACAGUGCGUUGCUAUGAUGAUCUCAGCCGCCUGCUGUGGGGGCUGGAGGGUCUCCCACUGACAGUGUCUGCUGUUCAGGGAGCUCACCCAGUACUGCGCUAUACAGAGGUAUUUCCACCAACCCCAGUCCGACCAGCCUACUCCUUCUAUGAGCAGCUGCGAGAGCGAGCCUCACUUUUGCCCCGGCUCAAUAAACCCUGCCCUGCUUACGUGGAGCCCAUGACCGUGGUUUGUCACCUAGAGGGCAGUGGUCAGUGGCCACAGGAUGCCAAGGCUGUGCAGCGAGUUCGAGCUGCCUUCCAGCUGCGCCUGGCAGAGCUGCUAAUGCAACAGCAUGGGCUGCAGUGCCGUGCCACUGCCACACACACUGAUGUCCUCAAGGAUGGAUUUGUGUUCCGGAUUCGUGUGGCCUAUCAGCGGGAGCCCCAGAUCCUGAGGGAGAUGCGGAGCCCAGAGGGGAUGAUCUCACUCAGGGACACACCUGCCUCCCUCUGCCUUGAAAGAGAUAACAGGCAGUUGCCCCUGCUCACCAGUGCUCUGCAUGGACUCCAACAGCAGCACCCAGCCUUCUCAGGUGUGGCUCGGCUGGCCAAGCGGUGGGUGCGUGCCCAGCUUCUAGGUGAGGGGUUCACUGAUGAGAGCCUGGAUCUGGUGGCUGCUGCCCUUUUUCUGCACCCUGAGCCCUUCACCCCUCCCAGCUCCCCCCAGGUUGGCUUCCUUCGGUUCCUUUUCCUGGUAUCAACCUUUGAUUGGAAGAACAAUCCUCUCAUUGUCAAUCUCAACAAUGAGCUCACUGUGGAGGAGCAGAUAGAGAUCCGCAGUGGCUUUCUGGUGGCUCGGGCACAACUCCCUGUCAUGGUCAUCUUUACUCCUCAGGAUCGCAAAAGCUCGGUGUGGACGCAGGAUGGACCAUCCGCACAGAUCCUGCAGCAGCUAGUGGUCCUGGCAGCCGAAGCCCUACCCAUUCUAGAGAAACAGCUAAUGGAUCCCCGGGGGCCUGGAGAUAUCAGGACAGUGUUCCGGCCACCCUUGGACAUAUAUGAUGUGUUGAUCCACCUGUCUCCUCGUCAUAUACCCCGGCACCGCCAGGCUGUGGACUUGCCGCAUGUCUCCUUCUGCCGUGGCCUGCUCAGUGAGCCAGGGUCCUUGUCCCUAAUGCCUGUCCUGGGCUAUGAUCCUCCUCAGCUCUUUCUGGCACAACUCAGGGAGGCCUUUGGUGAUCUAGCCCUUUUCUUCUAUGAUCAGCACGGUGGAGAGGUGAUUGGUGUUCUCUGGAAGCCUGGGAGCUUCCAGCCUCAGCCCUUCAAGGCCACCAGCACAAGGGGACACAUGGUAGCAUCUCAAGGUGGGGAGCUGGUGAUGGUGCCCAAUGUAGAAGCAAUCCUGGAGGACUUUGCCGUGCUGGGUGAAGGCUUGGUGCAGGCUGUGGAAGCCCGAAGUGAGAGGUGGACUGUGUGAUCCCAGCCCUGGAGCAAGAAAGAUGUCAGUGGGAUGGUGUCCAUGCUUAUUGCACAUGGACCCUUCAUGGAGGGCCUACUGGCUGAAUACACAGUUGUCCCUAACAAAAGCCCUGCCCUAGUUUCCUGUCUAAUGCUCCAGCAUUGAGGCAGAGGCCUGGGCCUGGUGUCUUUUUUUUUUUUUUUUUGAGACAGAGCCUCAAGCUGUCCCCCUGGGUA